CGCUGCAAGGCAUCGCCGCUUCUUUCUUCUUUUUUUUUAGUUUGGUUUAAAAGCGCGUUUUGCACGGCUCUGCCCGGCCCGGCUUGGCCUUGCCUUGCCUGGCCUGGCCUGCACGCUGGUGUAUGUGCAGAGAGGUGUGGAGGGGGGGGAGCCUACAGCAGGCUAACGGCAGCCGGGGCUUACUGCUGCCGCACAUGUAUGUCAAGUUGUCCGUGAACUUUGGACCCAUUUGGGAGCCAUGUCGAUCCUGCCGCUGCUGCUGAGAAACGGCAGGAGAGCGGUGUCGGUAAUCCGCGGCGGGCGCACAGCAACCGAAGCACUUUCAGGAGUUCAUCCGGUCGCGCGGCGCUUCAUCAUUGACAUGUCCUACUCCGCGCACUUCAUGGAUUUUAACGGAUCCUCCAUACCGAGCAGUAUGAAAAAGCUGGUCGUAAACAAGCUUAGUCCUAAUUUCAGGGAGGCCGUUUCUACGCAAACCGUCGCGGUUCCGACACCCGGAGACGCGGACUUGCUCGUCAGAAAUCGUUUUGUGGGAAUCAACGCCUCUGAUAUUAAUUACUCUGCAGGCCGGUACGACCCCUCGGUAAAGCCCCCCUUUGAUACCGGUUUUGAGGGUAUUGGGGAGGUUGUUGGCCUUGGCCUUAGCGCCAGCUCCUCUCACACCGUCGGGGACACUGUGGCCUACUUCGGCAGCGGUGCGUUUGCCGAGUACACGGUGGUGCCAGCCAAGGAAAGUGUGCCUGUCCCCGCGGUGAAGCCAGAGUUCCUCACCCUGCUGGUCAGUGGUGCCACGGCCUACAUCGCCUUGAAACGUCUGGGCGACCUGGCCAAAGGGGAGACGGUCCUGGUCACGGCAGCAGCAGGAGGAACGGGACAGUUUGCCGUGCAGUUUGCCAAACAGGCCGGUUGCCACGUGAUCGGGACCUGUUCGUCCAACGAGAAAGCCGGCUUCCUUAAAUCCAUCGGCUGCGACAGGCCAAUCAACUACACCACAGAAGACCUGGCCAAGACGCUGAGGAAAGAGUACCCACAAGGCAUAGACGUGGUGUACGAGUCAGUUGGAGGCAGCGUUUUCGAACUCGCGGUGAACAGUUUGGCCAAAAAGGGCCGGCUGAUAGUGAUUGGCUUCAUCUCGGGGUACCAGACGGCAUCAGGGAUCCCUCCCUUCAGAGGGGGAACACUACCGGUCAAGCUGCUCCAGAAGUCGGCCAGCAUUCGGGGUUUCUUCCUGCCCCACUUCCUCAGUGACUACAGGGAGGCUCUGGGUAGCAUGAUGCAGAUGUAUGCCAAGGGGAAGCUAGUGUGUGAGGUGGAUUGUGGGGAUUUGACACAGGAGGGGAGGUUCGUAGGCUUGGAGUCAGUCUUCCGAGCUGUGGACUACAUGUAUGCUGGGAAAAACCUGGGCAAGGUGGUGGUGGAAGUGGCACCACCCCCUGUUAGCAAUAGUAAGCUGUGAUUUCUUUAACUGAUUGUUAGUGCACUAAAAAAA